AACAAUUUUGCUUUGUUUUGUUUGAUUGUGUUAUUUUGAUCCGAGUCCGAGGUGUCAUCAAUAAUAUAAAUCAUACAUUAAUUUACAGAAAAAGGGACCGAAAUCAAAUAAAGCUUGUCGUUUCACUAAAAUUCGUAAUCGGUUUAUGCAUUCCAGUAUUUCCGGCGGCUGAAAAGCAAAUCACAAAAAACAUGGUUGGGCUUGAUGCAGACCUGCAUCGUGACGACGAAUGCGACAAUGUUGGCCUAGGAUGUGCGCUAGAACAUUUCUCUGAAGUUGAGGAUGUCAUGAACAUGAUAGACAACGUUAAAAAUAUCUAUAAUACUCCAGCUUUCGAAGUAGAAUAUGAUAAAUUGUAUGCAAUCCUCAAACAGUAUUAUGAGCAACCUCACUUAUUAGAUCCUCAUUUAGAUAAAAUUUUGUCCAAGUUUCUGAGUCUUAUUAAGGACAAGGAGUCACCAUUUGAGUUAAAGCAUGCUACAUUUAACUACAUGUACCAGAUUUUCCGAGUCAGAGGUUACAAAAUAGUGGUUAGACAUCUUCCACAUGAGGUCUCUGAUCUGCUGACUGUACUAUCUUAUUUAGAAGCUCAAGACCCAAAAGACAAGGAAACAUGGAGAAGCCGAUUUGUUCUUCUGCUUUGGCUGUCUAUUGUUGUUAUAAUUCCAUUCCACAUGAGCCGCCUUGAUGGUUUUGCACCAGGACAACCAGAUGUUGGAACCUCAAAAAAGAUGACUGUUAUGGAGAAAAUCUUCAACAUCUGCAAAACUUACUCCCUCAGUAAAGAUGCCUGUGCAGAGGCCAGUGCUUACUUAACUUCCAAAUUUCUUAUUAGAUCUGAUGUAAAAGAGCUAUACAUGGGUGCAUACUUUGACUGGGCAUGUGAGCUACAUUCUAACAUCCAAGAGGAGGACACCAUACACUAUGGUGUGUUGGCUGCAGUUGCGGCAGUCCUCAAACACGGGAAACGUGAUGAUUUGCUGCCAUAUGCACCCAAAUUGCUGGAUUGGGUGACCAAGCAAAAUUAUAAACAGCAUAAAGCUAUGCUCGUUAGGAAAUAUGGAGUGAAGAUUGUGCAAAGGAUUGGUCUAACAUUCCUCCGUCCGCGCGUGGCAUCGUGGCGCUACACUCGCGGCUCGCGGUCUUUGGCCGUCACACUGGGAGGCGCUCAAGCCGCCGCCGGGGACCGAGAGCCAAUCAUAUCGCCUCCAGUAGAUGACGACGAAGAUAUUCCACAAGAGGUGGAAGACGUCGUAGAACUAUUGCUAUGUUCCCUCCGCGACGACGACACCGUAGUGCGAUGGUCCGCAGCCAAAGGUGUGGGGCGUAUCGGGGCGAGAUUACCUGCCUUAGCAGCCGCGGACGUGUGCGAAACAGUGCUGGGUUUGUUUGUCGAUACCGAGCGGGAAACCGCUUGGCAUGGCGGGUGUAUGGCGUUGGCUGAACUAGCUCGCCGAGGUCUACUCUCGCCUCGCCAAGUCGGCGCCGGCAUCAGCAGCGUGGUGCUGGCGCUGGCGCGGGACGAGCCGCGGGCGGCGUGCGGCGGGGGCGGCGGGGGGCGCGCGGCCCGCGACUCCGCGUGCCACGCCGCGUGGGCCUUCGCCAGGGCUUACGACGCGGCGGCUCUGGAGCCUCACGCCACGGUGCUGGCCAAUGCGCUGAUUGCGACUACGUGUUUUGAUAGAGAGAUUAACGUCCGUCGGGCGGCGUCGGCUGCUUACCAAGAGAAUGUCGGUCGUCACGGCAUGUUUCCACAUGGUAUUGAUGUGCUCACCACUGCUGACUUUCAAUCCGUUGGACCGAGGAACAACGCGUACUUGGUUGUGGCUCCACAGGUUGCAAGUUAUCCUGAAUAUACUCAACCCCUUGUGGACCAUUUGGUGGAUCUGAAAGUGGAACAUUGGGAUUGUGCCAUACGCGAGCUGGCUGCCAAGGCUCUUCAUAAGCUUACAUUCAAGAUUCCGGAGUACGUAGCAGGCGUGAUAUUGCAGAAGUUGGUGAAUAAGACUGAAUCCAUAGAUCUGAACGUGCGACACGGAGCUAUACUGGCGAUCGGAGAAGCUAUAUAUGCAUUAUCUCAAACGAAACUAACUGAUGGUAAAACAGCCGAUACGUUGAUCUCAGCGGACAUUCUGAUCGCUGUCCGUGACUUAGUCCCGCGACUUCGCUCCCGCCAACAAUUUCGCGGUCUCGGCGGCGAACUGAUGCGGCAGGCGUGCUGCCAGUGCAUAGCGUCGCUGUCACUGGGCGCCGCGCCUUACCACUCGCACGAAACUAUCGAUGAAUGGUUGAAUUUGAUCGAAGAAUGCCUCUCCCACGAGGUGCAAACUAUACGUGAUAAAGCAAUACGCGCUUUGCCAUUAGUUUACGACCAGUAUUUGCGAGACGACAACAUGAAGUAUGGGGAAUUGACGGCUAAGCAAAAGCGGAUUCAAUUGUUGGAGAAAUACUGCCAACAACUAGGAAAUACCGGGGUCAAUGGGCUUUUGUUGAGGAUGGGAUUUGCUAGAGCUGUCGGGUCUUUACCGAAAUUCGUCUUGUCCGAGAAUCUUCAGCUAGUGAUACAAUCUCUGAUAGAGUGCACCAAAGUGUCUGAGAGCACGCACAAGUGGGCGGAAGCGAGACGAGACGCCGUCGUCGGGUUGACUGAAGUUUGUCAGACGCAAGGUAUAGUGAACGGAGUAGAGAAAUAUGUAGGAGAAAUAGUAGAAGCUCUGUUGGAAUGUUUGAACGAGUACACCAUUGACAUGAGAGGCGACAUCGGCGCAUGGGUGCGAGAAGCCAGUAUGACUGGUCUCCUGUCCAUAUGUAGGCAAUGUGCUUCGGAAGCGCCACAUCUGAACUCGCCACAAGUGAUAAGAGAUAUAAUGCGCGGUCUUUCACAACAGGCUGUAGAGAAAAUUGACCGUACGCGAGCCCACGCCGGAAGAAUCUUUACCGCUUUCAUCUACAACGACCCGCCAAUCAAAAACAUACCUAAUUACGACGCACUCAAGCGCAUUUUCCCAUCGGACGAGGUUGAGCUUAAACAGAGCAAAGAAGCCGAUGAAGAUGACCAGGCAACUAGUGAGAACUCCAACGUUGUUCUGUGGUUGUUCCCUGGACAUACAAUGCCGAGAUUUGUUCAACUUUUGAGCUAUCCCGACUAUAGGUAUAACGUUAUUAAAGGACUGAUUGUAAGCGGAGGCGAGAUGACUGAGAGUUUGGUGAAACACACAACACAAUCCCUAUACGCCUACUUGAACUCGCUUCACGAAGACAAGGAGCUACUGGUGGCAAUUUGUGAUGACAUCAUAAAGGUGUUUGCAGACAAUCUGAACGUAAAGAGGAUUACAGGACCGAUAUUCAAUUUUCUUGACAGGCUUCUCAGUUCUGGUUCCAUAUCACCAAUCCUGGAAGACCCAAAUUCCACAUUUGCACUGAAUGUAUUAAAAUAUCUUCAGCUAGAACUUAGAGGAGCGAAGAAUAUUUACAAACUACUUGACUCAAUCAAUGUGCUUUGUCAAUUAAUCCAGGUGGGCGGCACAGUAUGUUCCCGUUCCCUCGGGCAACUAGUCAUAUAUUUGUGCUACGCCGACCGCUACGUGCGGCGCUGCGCGGCCGCAAGGCUCUACGAGGCGCUCACGCUCUACGGCGACGAGUGUGCCGUAUCCAGCUCUAACCUCAGCCAGGCCAUGUCGAUCCUAGCCGACACAGAUUGGGAGAAGGACGUGACAGAGUUGAGGCCAAUCAGGAACGAAUUCUGCGACCUAAUGGGAAUAAAGCGGCCAGUUAUGAAACAAAAACCCUAAUACUCUUGACUUGACUAUGACGUUGUGCUUAUAACAAUGUCUUUUAAACGGAAAGCGUAGUGCUUGAAGCACGAAAGUUUGUAUUUCUUCAGAAUAAAGUUAUUUUAUUAGCUGACUGGCUACAAGUAAAUUGUUACUUUGUCCGAUACGAAUUUUGCAGCCUAAAGGGAAAAAGCGGCCCUUACCUUAAUACUCUUAAUUAUGACCCUGUGCUUAUUAUAACGCUUUAAAUAUUGCUCGAAGCAUACAAGUUAUAAUUUGGUCUAAAUAAUUUCUUUUAUUUAUUGCUUGGCUGAAAAGAAAUUGUUAUUUUAAAUCAAGAAAGAAUAAAUAUUUGUUGCACCUAGCCGGAAUGUAGUGGCUAGAUAUGAAAAAAAUAAUAAUAAUAGUACAUAUCUUCAAUGUUCUAUGCAUUUGUGCUCGAAGCACAAAAACAUUUUUUUAUCAAUAUAUAUAUUUUUUUACUGACCGGAAAUACAUAUUACUUUUUCACUGCUUGUGAUUUAGAAGAAUCGUAUAUUUUUGUAGCCGUGGUCAGUAAUUGCUUAUAAUAAAAAAUUCACAUUUAACUUGAAACAAAUACUAACAAAGAAAGUCAAAGAAUACAUUAUGGAUAACCAUUUUAGUGAUUGCGCUAUUCUGUUUCUUUAAACGCUGAGCGUAACCGUAAGCGUAGCUUAAAAAUUUUAAAUUAGACUAGUUUAUAAUAUAUUUUUUAUACUUUUUUUUCAUUUUUCAAAUGUUUUGUUACAAUAAUAUUUAGUCACGACCUAGUGAAGUUAUAUGUCUAUGUAUUGCAAAAUUAUCACAAGAAAUGUACUGAUUUAUAUACUUACAGAAUUAAUUUAUGUUAUUUAAAAUAAAACAUAUUUAUUUUA